CCAGAAGAUGUAGGAGCCUGUCUUUAUUACACAGAUGCUGUUUUCGAGCUGGAACUUUCCAGUCUCUCGCUCCUCUUGCAGGCCCUGCUACCAGCCUGCUUAUUUGUCCCCUUCAACUGAGUGUUGAGAGCCACUCUAGCUGGCACAGAACAGUAGUCAUGAGUGAAAGAAGAAAAUGCCCCUCUGGGGCAGCAUUCAGAAAAAGAAAGAAAGCAAAGGAAGCUUUUCUAUCUAAGCAGGAAGGAGCUCUCCUGAGAUACAUAGACACAAAUGUUCAUGGUGAGCCUUCUGGCCCCAUGAGGAUGUGAGUGGUGAGGAGAUCUUCCAGUUAGUCAGAGUGCAGGUGACCUGGCAGUUACUGCAGCAUCCAUAUCUCCAUCUCAAAUGGAUUCAACCAUGCACAUUCCUGAAGAAAAGUGUAGAUCAGAGAAGAAUGUGGUGGAGGCACAAGAAACAGCUGCUGCUGAGUUUAGUUCCUUGAAUCUAGAUCAGUGGUUCUCAAAGCCGGUCUGCCGCUUGUUCAGGGAAAGCCCCUGCCGGGCCGGACCAGUUUGUUUACCUGCUGUGUCCACAGGUUCAGGCAAUCGCGGCUCCCACUGGCCGCGGUUUGCCGCUCCAGGCCAAUGGGGGCUGCGGGAAGGGUGGCCAGCACAUCCCUUGGCCCGCGCCACUUCCCGCAGUCCCCAUUGACCUGGAGAGGUGAACUGUGGCCAGUGGAUCCAGGACUGUGGACCCACUUGAGCAGUAGUCUGAGGGACUUCCUUGUACUGCAUGGGCCACAGCAAGUGAAAAACUUCAUGUUCCCCAAAGACAAUGAAAAUAGAAGUUCCCAUCCAACACAUUACUGGCGUGAAAUUGCCAAUGGUGACAAAGUGGAGAGGCCAUGGCUUAUGUACUCAAAAACCCAGAAUGCUGCAAACUGCUUUUGUUGCAAAGUCUUCCAGUCUGUUGUUCCAGCCACAUUGGAUUCUACAGGAACAAAGGACUGGAAAAAUCUGGCAAGACAUCUCUCAUUCCAUCUGAAGGCAGCAAAUCACCAGAGAGCAUUCCAUAUGUGGAAAGAGCUCGAGAUGAGACUAAGGUUAAAGGCCACCAUAGAUGAUCAGCAUCAAGAGAAGAUUGCAUCAGAGUCUCUUUACUGGCCAAAUGUACUGAAAAGGCUCAUUGCCAUUGUGAGAAUGCUUGCUACCCAAAACCUAGCACUGCAUGGCACUUCAGAUCAGCUGUAUGUGCCAAACAGUGGAAGCUUCCUUAAAAUUGUGGAGCUGAUGGCUGAGUUUGAUGCUGUACUCCAGGAGCAUGUAAGAAGAGUCACCACCCGAGAAAUGUACACACAUCACUACCUUGGAAAAACAGUCCAAAAUGAGAUCAUACAGUCACUGGCAACAAAAGUCAAAGAGAAGAUUGUGCCAGAUCUGAAGUCAGCAAGAUAUGACUCUGUUAUUCUGGACUGCACACCUGACAUCAGCCAUACGGAACAAAUGACUUUAAUGGUGCAUUUUGUAACAAGAACAGAACCUAGUGGAAAUGUCCCUGCAAUGGUGACUGUCAGAGAGCAUUUUCUAGAAUUUAUUGACCAUUUAUUGAUGAUACUACAGGAGCUGGUAUGACAAAUGUGCUUCUUAAAAAGCUGGAACAUAUGGGAAUUGUGAUAGCUGACAUGAGAGGUCAGGGCUACGAUAAUGGUGCCAACAUGA